CUGUUCAUGGGCCGGGUUUCGGGCUUGGCUUUAUACUGAUUCGGGUUCGGUCACCGGGUCGGAUCCAUUCAAAUUUUCGGCCCACGAACAGGCGUUUUAAAGCUUUCGUGAGUUUCAUUCAUGGCCUUCGGCAUCUGCAGACCAAACUCUCAUACGUGUUUCGCUCUCUCUCUCUCUCCCCUCUUAAGUCAUAUAACACACACUGGCUGCAGAGUGCCCAGACGUUCUCCUCUCGUUCUGCAUCUUUCUUCUACGUCGUGCCCUUCUCCGUUUCUUGAUUUCUUCUUUCUUGAACCCAAUCCUCAGUUACUCACGACCUUUUGGUUUACUAUCAUCAUCAGAAGAGAGGAGAGAUAGAAAGAUAGAAAUAAAGAAAAAGAGAAGGUCUAGAAGGAGAAGAGAAGCACGCCAUGGAAUCGGAAACUCAUCUCUUGGAGAUUAACUUGAUCUCCGCUCAAGGCCUCAAGCCCCCCUCUGCUAACCUCCGCCGCAUGCAGACUUACGCUGUCGCCUGGAUCGACUCCGCCAUCAAGCUCCGCACCCGUGUCGACCGUGUCGGCUGCGAAAACCCCACCUGGAAUGACAAGUUCAUCUUUCGCGUCUCCUCCGCUUUCCUCUCCACCGACACCUCUGCCGUCUCCGUUGAGAUUUACGUCGUCGGCUACCUGAAAGAUACUCUCAUAGGUACCGUCCGUUUUCUCAUUGGCAACUGUCUCUCCUCCAGCGCUCCCACCUUCUCCGCUCUCCAGAUUCGCCGCCCCUCCUCCGGCAGAUUCCACGGCGUACUGAACAUCGGCGCUAUGGUUAUAAAAAACCGCACUGACUUCGCGGCCUUGAAUGGAUUCUCUGCGAUCGGGUACCGUGAUCUAAUGGGAAAGAACCGCCCCCGCCAGAGCGACCGCCAAUCCAGACAACCAUCCAAGACCAAUAAAAGCUCCUUCGAAGAAUCUUGCCAGCAUUCACGUGGAGAUUAUUCCGGGGAAUAUUCGGAUGAUUCGGAAUCCGCCGCUUCUUCAUCCACGUCGACGACGUCCACGGUCCUGACGGACUUGAAUGGGAGAAGAGAGGUUUCCGGCAAGAUGGAUGAAAAGAGCUCGGACGGCGGCGGAGUAAGGUUGCUGUGUGGCUUGGGGUUGGGGUUUCAGAUGAAGAUUCAUCUGUGUCCGUUGGAUCAGAACCAGCAGAUAUCGUCAACCGCAUCUGACGUAGAACUGGACUGAUAGAGAGACCGUGAAGAUUAUUAUUAUUUUUUUUUUCAUUUUCCUUCACAAUCGACGUUCAAGAUUGUUUUGAUGCUUUCGUUACCUUCCAUCUCAGGAUUUGGUUCGGGUAUUGUUUGUUUGUCUAGUGUGAACGGGCGGUGUUGUGUUAGUGGUUUCUGAUUCAGUUUAGUCUUUAGUCGUUGUUACUUCGUUCCUUUUCUCUAUUUGCGCUUUUUUUGUUCUCAUUUUUGCUUUCGGCUCCAUUUGUUUGCAUUUAUUUGCAACGCAAUUUCAUCUGUAUUUGUAUAAUUGCAUG